AGUGCACCAAUGUUAGGCUUACUUUCUCUGUUGUAGCCAUCAUCCUUCUGCUUGGUCUUUCAUUUUCCUUUCCUUUCCUUUCUUUAUGCACACUUGUCUGAUCCUUGUUCAUUAAAGGGUAUUGCUAAGAAGGGAUGUUUCUGUUUGUGUUAGAACUGCCAAAAUCAGUUUAAACAUAAAUUUUUAAUACUGUCCAAACUUGAUUUUUCCCCCCCCCCAACACGAUGGGCACUAGCACUUGCUACUGCAAUUUCCAAAUAGAUUUUGAAUUUAAUAAAAACAACCCAAAAAACUUUGACUGCCUUAGAAGGCAAAAGUACUGAUGCAUUGUUUGUGUACAGGGGUUUACCAGGCCAAUGAGGCUGCAUCAAAAGAUCUCAAUUGCUGGAGAAGCAAAACAAAAAUGAACCAAAAUAACCAAAACCAAACCAAAACAAAAAAGAAAAAAGCUUGAAAACAAUUUGAACAAUAAAUUGUUGGCACUUGGUGCCAGCCAUUCCAUUUGGGAUCACCACUUACCAGUAAAUCCCUGGCUGAGACGUUAUGAAAGUGAUAUUGCACCUAGGAAGUCAUUUUUAUAACCUGUCUUUAAUUUGGUCCUUUUGCUAAAAAUUGCAGUCACUGCUUACUGUAUUAUACCAUUGGGCAUAAGAGAAACCUUGUCAAAGAUGAGCAUUAGAUAUCCAAAGGAAAGCUCAGUCCAAACCAUUUCAGAUCAAUGUGAUCACACUUUUGGACCUGAUGGAUACCUGCCUAUCAAAUUCCUGGGCAUAUCAACAAAACCGUAAAGUAAUUAAUUAAAUGGAUUUAUUUCUGAAUAAAACCACGUGUCUGUACUUUAAGAUUCAAAAAGCCCCUCUAGGGCUGUGGUUUUGGCAGAAAUUAUGGCUGAUGCUGGCAAAGAGUUCACACCUAUCCAGGUUUUCUGAGGCAGUUUUGAAGACUAACCUUUUGCACAUGUGGAUGGCAAUGGAAUAUUUCGGCGUGACUCCAACGUGUGGAUCUUUUAGCCCAAAGGGAGGACAGAUCCCAUCCCCAUCGUUGUCAAGUAUGAUGUCAUGGGCAUGGGCCGGAUGGAGAUGGAGCUCGACUACGCCGAGGAUGCCACAGAGCGGAGGCGAGUGCUGGAGGUGGAGAAGGAAGACACCGAGGAGCUGAGGCAGAAGUACAAGGAUUAUGUUGAUAAAGAAAAGGCCAUUGCCAAGGCUUUGGAAGACCUCAGAGCAAACUUCUACUGUGAACUCUGUGACAAGCAGUAUCAGAAGCACCAGGAGUUUGACAACCACAUAAACUCCUAUGACCAUGCUCACAAGCAGAGGUUGAAAGAUCUCAAGCAAAGGGAAUUUGCUCGCAAUGUCUCGUCGAGAUCCCGGAAAGAUGAGAGGAAGCAGGAGAAAGCCCUGCGGCGCCUGCACGAGCUGGCUGAGCAGAGGAGGCAGCCUGAGUGUGCUCCUGGAAGUGGGCCCAUGUUCAGGACCACCACAGUGGCUGUGGACGAGGAAGGUGGAGACGACGAUGAUUCCGCAGCCAACAGCGGCUCCUUCGUCCAGAUGAGCUCCGGCCAGGCCUCAGAGAUGACCACGGACAGAGGCUUCCUGAACACUGGACAAGGCACUGUGAUGCCGGGCCAGACAUCACAGGGGGCACAGGCCAUCAGCUUUGGCAUUAAGAGCUCUCUGGGAACUCCGCUACAGAAGAUUGGCGUGUCCUUUUCCUUUGCCAAGAAGACCCCAGUGAAGCUGGAGACCAUUGCUUCUGUUUUCAAGGACCACGUGGACGAGUCCAGUUCUGCAGACGGGGCAAAAGGUGAUGAGAGGGGGUCCUCGGAGGCUGGCAGCCUGCAGAAGUCUGGGGAGGGUGAAGGCACCAAUAAUUCUGAUGGCAAGGCGGAGGACGAUGACCAGCACGACAAGGACAGCGGGGCUCUGGCCAGCACCUUGUCCAAACUGAAGAAGAUGAGGCGAGAAGAUGGACCAACGGCCGUGGAGCCAGAAUAUUACCACUACAUCCCCCCAGCCCACUGUAAAGUAAAGCCCAACUUUCAGUUCCUGCUUUUCAUGAAGGCUACUGAGCAAACGGAAGCAGAAAAUGUGAACAAAAAAAACGCGCACGAAUUGAAAAAGGGGAGUUCCCCCAAACCUAAGCCCAGCAAGCACACGGAAAAGGCUGCUGAGAGCACGGGGCAGCAGAAAGAGCAGAGUACUACUGAAACUGUAGCUCAGCAGGACAAAACAGAACGAAAAGACAUCCCAGAGAAUGAAAAUACACAGGAGAGCAAGCACCUUCCAGAGAGCAAUCCCCCGGAGCCAGACACUGCUAAAGAAGCUCCUCCUCCUGCCUCGGGCUGCAGAGAUGGCUCUGAGAGACCAAAGCACCCCACGGGACCUUUUUUCCCUGUUCUGAGUAAGGAUGAGAGCACAACACUGCAGUGGCCUUCAGAGCUGCUCAUCUUCACCAAAGCUGAGCCCUCUGUGUCCUACAGCUGUAACCCCCUGUACUUCGACUUCAAGCUCUCCCGUAACAAGGAUGCAAAAGGGAAAGGGGCAGAGAAAUCCAAGGAUCCAGGGGGGCUUUGUAAAGACAACACUCAGAGCGCAGAACCUGGUGAGGUGAGCAAAGCCAAGGAGGCCGAAAGUGUAGAGAACAGUUCUGCUCAAAAAACGGAAAACAAAUCCCAGAGCAAGCAGGAGUCCAGUCUGGGAAGCAUCAGUAAGGGAGAAGGGGAGGACAGCAGUAAGAGUAUAACGGGUAAGAGUAAAUCUGGAAGGUCCCAUAAACACAAAAAGAAAAAGAAGCACAAAAAGUCCAGCAGACACAAACGCAAACACAAGGAGGAAGCUGAGGAGAAGGCCCGGAAAGCUGAGCUGGGGGAAGAGAAACCCAAGAAACGGAAAAGGCACAGGCACAAAAAAGGUAAAUCCUCCCUUUCAACAGAGUCAGACCGGGCGCUGAAACCUGAACUGUCUGAAGACUGCAGCCAUUUCCAGAAGAAAAAGCGAUGCUCCCAGGAGUCCCAGAGGAAAUCCCUGUCUGCUGAGGAGGGAAGCAGCAGUAAAAAAGAGGACGGGGGUAACUCCUGCCAAGAGCAUGGCAGCAAAAGACACAAGGCUGAGCUGCAACAGGUGCCUGGUGCGAGGAGGCGCUGCCCGGCUCUGUCCCAGCCCCGGAGCGGCUGCCGGAGCCAGCAGAGCAGUGGCGAUGAUGACAGUGACGAGGGCUCCCCUGGCAAGCACUGCCACCAGAAGUCCCCGUCGCAGUACAGCGAUGACUACGACUCGGGCAGCGAGCACUCCCGCAGCCGCUCCCACUCGGGCCGCAGGCACUCCUCGCACAGGUCCUACUCCACCAGCUCGGACGCAUCCUCGGAGCACAGCCGCUACAGCCGCCACAGGAGCUACUCGGACGACAGCUACAGCGACUACAGCGACCGCUCCCGCUGCCACUCCAAGCGCUCCCAGGACUCGGAGGAUGACUCAGACUACAACAGCUCAAACCACCGCUCGAAGCGGCGCAAAUACUCCUCGUCAGAAGAUGACUACAGCUCGAGCAGGAGCAGGUCCAGGAGUCGGAGCAGGAGCCGAACCCACCCUCGAGGCAGGUCAAGAUCGAGGAGCCGGGGCAGGAGCCGCAGCAGCAGCCGCAGCCGCAGUCGGAGCAAGAGGAGGAGCCGCAGCGUGACAGGCCGCAGCUGGAAGCGCAGCCGCAGCUACAGCCGGGACCGCAGCCGCAGCACCCGCAGCCACUCGCAGAGGUCCCUGUCACGGAAGGGCUCGCGGGGCCACGAAAGCCCCGAGGAGCGAAGGUCUGGCAGAAGGGACUUCAUUAGGUCCAAGAUCUAUCGCUCCCAGUCUCCUCACUAUUUCCGGACGGGCCGAGGUGAAGGGUCGCUGCCGAAGAAGGAGGAUGGCAAGGGAGAGGAUCUGAAAGGAUCUAGCUCCCUGUCCCAGAACAGCAGCGGCUCUGGCAUGGGGCGGGCCUCGGAAGGGGACUGCAGUCCUGAGGAGAGGAACUCCGUCACUGCAAAGCUGCUCUUGGAAAAGGUGCAGUCCAGGAAGGUUGAGAAGAAGCCCUGCGUCACUGACGAGAUGCUAUCAGGAGCAAACAAAGUGGGCAUAAAGCUCAAAGAUCCUCCCCAGGGCUACUUUGGCCCCAAACUCCCUCCUUCCUUAGGCAACAAACCGGUUCUGCCCUUAAUUGGGAAGUUGCCAACCAUUCGGAAACCAAACUCCAAAAGAUAUGAGGAGUCUGGCUUGGAGAGGGGUGAGGAGCAGGAGCUGUCAGAUGCUGAGGAUGGUUCCCAAGGCAUGGAGGAGGGUCAACUGGCCAGCCAGUCUCUCCUGGAAGAUGUGGUGAUGGUAAUUCAGGACAAACCUCUGGAUGAGCAGAAACGUGACGAAGCCUCUGUGGAGAUGCCAUCCCUUCCCCUUGACGCUCCGGCACUUCCUGAGUGCUUUGGCUCCGGAGAACUGGUCAUGCCACACAACUUCCUCUCGGAUCCAAGCGAUGGUGAUGGGCUGGAGCCUAUGGACGGGGGCAGCCAGCCGGUCCCAGUGGAAACCAGUAUGAUGCCCUUAGUUCCAGAUGUUGAGCACUUUCCUGGCUACGUGCCUCAGAGUGGGGAGCCGAGCCUGGAAGGAGAUCGGGAUGGGGGAGAAGAUUCCUCUCUAGCCCCGCUGGAGAGCCAGCCCAUCACCUUCACGCCUGAAGAGAUGGAGAAGUACAGCAAGCUGCAGCAGGCGGCCCAGCAGCACAUCCAGCAGCAGCUGCUGGCCAAGCAAGUGAAGGCCUUCCCCACCUCGGCCGCCCUGGCUCCGGCCGCGCCCGCGCUCCAGCCCAUCCACAUCCAGCAGCCGGCGGCGGCCUCGGCCACGUCCAUCACGACGGUGCAGCACGCCAUCCUGCAGCACCACGCCGCUGCCGCCGCCGCCGCCAUCGGCAUCCACCCCCACCCGCACCCGCAGCCCCUCGCUCAGGUCCACCACAUCCCCCAGCCACACCUGACACCCAUUUCCUUGUCCCACCUGACCCACUCAAUUAUUCCGGGGCACCCCGCCACGUUCCUGGCCAGCCACCCCAUCCACAUCAUUCCGGCAUCUGCCAUCCACCCGGGCCCCUUCACCUUCCACCCUGUCCCUCACGCUCUCUACCCGACCCUCCUGGCUCCAAGGCCAGCAGCUGCUGCUGCUGCCACAGCCCUGCACCUCCACCCCCUGCUGCACCCCAUUUUCUCAGGACAGGACUUGCAGCAUCCACCCAGCCACGGCACAUGAAGGACAAAAUGAAGGAACCUCGGAGUAAGGAGAAUAUUUGGCGUUUUGGUCAGGGGUCAGAGUCGAGCCAGCGGGCAGGUGAGGCCUGAGCAUUUCCUUUCACUCUUGAGCAGCCAAAGAAGCCAGGGGCUCCAGGGCUAGGCAGUUGGCUGUGUCCCAGGGAAGUCUCACUCCGACUCCUCCGUGCACGCAGCAGCACCGCUCCAGAAGAACCAUUUCACCUUUAGAACAGCGAGACACUUGGAAAGGCUUUUUUCCCCCCUGGAUUCUUACACUUGGUCAUCUUCCUUCUGCCACCUUGUAUAUGAUAAAUGAGGUUUCAUACACACUAAUAGGAUCUCUAAAAAUCCUUUUAAUGAGGUCAUCUAAUUAAAUAGCAUGAUUGAAUCCGGCUUGUAAUUGGUCAUGGAACAUCGGGAGCUGCCGGCUGCAGGGGGACUGGAGGCCUCAGCUUUUCAGGCAUUGCAGGAGGUUCCUUGGCCCCUGUCUCUGCAGACAUGGGUUUUUCUUGGUGUGAGCAGCAAAGGUGGAAGUAAGAUCUUAGUGUAAAGAGGAGGAGGAGCUCUGUGUGUGUGCCCAGAGCUCCCUUCUCCAUCCUGCAUCCAUGUUCUCCUGCACCAGAACCAUGCCUGGAUAUCCCAUACUGGAGAGAGGUUCUGGGGUUGGGCUUCCAGUCUGGGCUGUGACCACUCUUCUCCUGAAAGGGGGGAAAAAUCACUCUGAAUUCCAUCUUCUGUGGGGUUGGGAAAGAGGCACUGGGAUGGGAGAGAGAAGGAAAAUCCUGUUAGGAAUUGAAGCAAUACAGAGGACGGGGGAGCGCGGCCUGGAUGUAAAACGUGUUCUUUCCUCUGUAACACUGAUGGUUUCCUUAUUAAUUUAUAGGAUUUUUUUUUUAAUGUAAAGAAUUGCACUGAACUCUGUAAACAAAGAUGCUGCUUUUUGUAGCUCCUAUCAAAGGUUACAUUUGUAGUAUAUCGCAAUAAUAUUUUUUACAGCCAGUUCUUAGUGGUACUUGUUCUGGUGGCUUCUGUGUAAAUAUGUUUGCCGUAGGUAACCCAAGACACUUGUAAAGGUUCAAUUUAUAGUUUCAGCUACAUGCAAAACAGCUAAGCAUGUAUAUUUUAUCAAGCUCAUGUAUUUUUGAAGUUUUUAUGUAGUAUAAAAUGUAAAAACAAAAAAAUCUUCAUUUAGAAUUUUGCAGAAGAAAAAAAAAAAUCAACAGGUGAGACUUGGGCAAGGUGAGGGGUGUGGGGGUCACAGUGACUCUGGCAGGUUUUGCAUUCCUCCCUGCCAUAGGAAUGGGCACUGGAGCAGCCUGGGGAGCAGCAGGAAUUCAGGGUGCUCCCAGAGAAUAGGAGCCCUUUUUUUUCAUUUCCUUUUUCUCCCCCUUUGGAAACAGUAAUGUGCAGACCCUGCUGGUGCAGGAGGAGCCUUGGGACUGUUCCCAGCCCACACAGAGGGUUACCCCAGCUUAGUCCGUAAGGGAUUUCCCAGUUCUGCCAGCUUCACCUAGCUCAGGUGACACUGCCCAUGGGAGCUUCCCCACCCCAGUGCAGGGGAUGUCCCCACUGCUGCUGUCCCCACUCACAGGCGCACUGCAGGUGUCACAGCCCUUGGGCCACCACUGCUGGAAGGGAGGGAUUUCAGAGCAGUGUGGGGAUGUGGUGACAUCCCCAUCCCUUUCCAGUCCCAUUCCCCAUCCUCUUCCUGUCCCCUCCUGGAGUGCAGUACGAGGCCAGGCAGAGUCAAAGGAUCAAAACCCCCUGAGCCUCCCUCACCAUGUAAAUGAGAAAUUGGAGCAGGUCAGAGUGGCAGCAGUCACAAAAAAGGGACUCAAUUUCCUGUAAAUACCGAACAAUUCAGUGUUACUGUCAGAGCUGAGCUUCAUAGGGCCCAUCUGUGCCCUGGCCCCAUCGUGCUGUGGGCAGAGGUUGUUUUUGGACUUCAGGAUAGCGCUAAAAUAAUUAACCUGUCAUUACUUAACAAGCAUAAACAGACUGUAUUUAACUUUGUCACAUAAGAUAUAUAUAUAAAUAUAUAUAUAUGCUGUAAAAUGAGGGAAAAAAACCUUUCUAAUAAAUCAAUGAUUUGUGGAAAAA